AUGGAUAUCAAUUCUCCAAAGCGUCGCAAACUUAGCGAAAGAACUCCCGACCAGGCGCAGACGGCAAAAGGAAAAGGAAAAGAAGUCAUGACGAUGACAACAAGUCAAGCUAGCUGGCCACCCAAUAAAGUCCCGGUGGAGAUAUUCAAUCUCAUCAUCAUGAAUCUACCUCGAUCCAGCAUCCAUAGCAUGCGAUUGGUAAAUCAUGAGUUUGAAGCAAAUGUUUCCGAAUACCUUUUCAAAUAUGUAGUGGUUCCAUUUAGACCAGAGAUUUAUGGCAUCGCUUCCGAGCCGUCCACUUCUCAUAGCUCAAUAUUAUUACAAGACAAGGGCAUGCGUAUCUUUCAAGGUUUCGGUCGGCACAUCAGACACUUUGCUAUGUCCUUCGAGGUCGAUAUUGCAAAGUUGACUAAACCUCCUAUAAAGCAUGAUCACGACACAAUCACAACUUUCUGGGGUUCUUACAAAUGGCCAUUCCAGGAAUAUAAUAGAUAUGCACAAUUAGAGGGUCUAGAGCAGAAAGCUGAUGAAACUCGAACCAUGACAAAGGCAUUUCAAUUCAUUGUAGCAGCAGAAGAACUCGGCCUCUCUAUUGAUGGGGGCUUGGGAUGGCUUGCUGGACCAGACGUUAACCAUAAAGUUGCUCAGCGUGGCGACAAACCCGCGGUGUUUGGAUCAACAAGAUUCAAACCAGAACCUGAACCUGAGCCAAAGCAGAACAUGCGACCUAAUCAAAUUACUCCACCUUUUCGAACAGAGCUUUUAAAUGAUACACGUUCGUUACUCCAAAGAGUGUUCCAGGAAUCAGUAUUUGGCAGCGAUCAAACCAACCAAUCUCUCGACCAAUCUCUCUCCAACGGGGGCCCCGCGAAUGCACGUACACAAGUUCGACAAGCUGGAGUCCCUAAUGCACCUUCCAUUCCUUAUGCUGAUUUCGAAGAGGGUAUUGCUCGUAUACUUGGAAAUCAUUUCGGAACUGGCAAUCCUGCAGUAGAUGACGAAGAUGAUGAUGAUGAAAGAUUGAACACAGAGGAUAGAGUUUCAACUGAUGGCGAAGAUGAGCGUGAUGCUCAAAGCGGAGCCAUCGUUUCUAACAAUGCUCCCGGACGCUCUAGAUUUAAUGGUGCCCCGGGUCGUAAGCGCAAGUCGACGUCAAAGAGCCAUUGUCUAAAGCCGAACGAACUCACUGGCGCACAAAAAGAAAUGUUACUUGAACUCGAAUGGGCACAGCGAGCAUUCAUGCAAACUUUUACUAUUGCCGUUAUUGACAGCCCAGUCACAUUCACCGGUGUUAAGAAACUUACCAUCGCCCGUUUGCCAAACAGACAUUUACCAAACCUCGUACGCGAUGACUUCUGGGACAGUCUACCAAAUUUGCUUGAGCUAUCUCUAGGCAUAAUCCCCGACUGGCGUGAACUUGUCAAACUUCCUACCAGUUGGGUUCAAGACAUCAAGUUACGUCCAUCUAAAGCUGUCAUUGGUGUCUUUCAGCUCCUUUCCAAACAAAUAUCUCGACGACAGCAGAUCGAGUCUUUACAUUUUGAAUGGGUCGGCGGUGGAGAGUAUGCUCCCGGUCUUUUCUGCCGGAACCAGCAUAUACUUGCUGCUCCCAUAGUAUCAGAUUCAAUGAGCAUGGUUAGUAGAAAAGGAGAGAAGGAAGUUCUGUCACUACCCUAUAUCAAGAAUCUGUCAUUGAAGAAUUGUUGGUUAAGUCCACAUAUGUUCACGCGCUUUGUCAAAGAUCUCAAACAAUGCAGCCUUCAAUCCUUAACACUUGACUCGGUUUCAUUGACCGCCUUCAUUCGCCCUGGACAACACCCAAUGCCUCGAGCAAAUCACCAGCAAAAUGCUUUGGCACAAGCCAUGGCGGUAGAUAUGGCGGCAAACAUGGGCUUUGCGAAUAAUCAUCAUCUUGCUGCACAUGCCGCCUUGUUUCCACCCAACAUGGCUGCACUGCCACCAUUUCUAGCAGCAGCACCGCCAGCAACUCAGUUGCCAGCGGUCAUGACCAAUUCAAAUGCCCAACCAGCAUGGCUCGAUGAACCUCGCAAUGGCUCCUGGGCUCAGGUUAUUGACACUUUGACUCCUGGUAAUAGACUAGCAGAUUUGCGUCAUGCCAACGAACUUGGUGCAGAGCCUCAACCUAGAACUCAGAGUAGUUUGAAACAACUCGUUUUCAAGUCAUGUGGAUAUGCCCGACUCCCUCUUGAAUUCAAUCAAUCAGCAAUUCACGAAGGUGGUGGGGAGCAGCGCGGAUCCGUACCUGCCGGAGUAACAAAGAGAAUCAAUGACUAUGAGAGCAUCAUGAUGAAGCCGGGUGACAGCCUACUUGCUUCGAUCACGAACGCGAUGAGCGAUCUUGAAGUUGAAAUUCUACAAAAUGCGUGGAACAUGACUCUUGGUUGGGGAAAUUUACCCAUGCAGCUAACAACUGAAGCAAAUCAUGAUGGGAUUCUACGCGCAGGCUCUGGAAGAUUCAAUGGAUCCAUUGUAGCUGCAGCUCCAACUCCGAAUUCAGCUCCUGAAGUUUAA